UGCAGUGGUAAAUAGACCCGAAGCUAACCCGCGCUUAAUGGAUGAAUCCAAAUGAUUUUGUGUGACCCAAACGACACGAAACAGAACAAAACGAAUAAACAAAACCACCUCAACCCUUUCACUUCCUGAAAACAAAAACCCUACACCGUUAACGAUCCUAACAAAAAUACUCUGUAAUUCUGCAGCUCUAAAUCCAAAUCAAAAUGGAAGAUCCUCAGGACAGAGAAGAGUACAGUCUUGUUGUUAGAAAGCCAUGUUUUGGACUGCCAACAGGUUGCCCAAUUUGUUUGCCUGUUUACAUGUAUCUCAAGUUAGCUCGCUUCCCUUUUCAUUUGGACUUCAAUUCAACUUACCCUGAUUCAGAUCAAAUUCCUUAUGUUGAAUCUGGUACUUACGUGGCCUACAAUAACGAGAACGGCGGAGUUAUUCAACGUUUAAAGGAUGAUGGUAUCAUUAAUUUGGAUACUGAAUUAUGCUCAGUUCCAGAAUGGAUAUCAAUGGAAGCAAUGAUUAGCUCCUGGCUUGUUGAUGCAAUCACAUAUGAACUUUGGUUGGGGUCUGAUGGAAGUUCUGCUUUCAAGAUUUAUUAUUCUGACCUUCCUUGGUUAAUAGGAAAGGCUUUAUUUUAUAAGCAAGUAGAUACUGUUAAGCGGCGACUUGGGAUAACAAAAGAAAAUGCUGAACGAAGGGAAGAAGAGAUUUACCAGAGAGUGAAAAUUGCAUAUGGAGCUUUGUCAACCAGAUUAGGGGAACAGGAGUUUCUCUUUGAUGACAAGGCAUCAAGUCUUGACGCGUUCCUCCUAGGGCAUGUGCUUUUCACUGUUCAAGCAUUACCUGAAACAUCAGUUCUUCGGCGUUCACUUCUAGAGCAUAAUAAUCUUGUAAGAUAUGCUGAAAAACUCAAGACCGAUUUCUUGGAAGCCAGCUCAUCUUCUUCUGCCCCACGAUCCCAGUCAGAUACUUCGUCAACUCCAAGAAGAAGCCAUUCAAAUUCUAAUUCAAAGCCAAAGAGAAAACCGAAGAGGGAAAAGACAGAAGAGGAGAAAACUUUCAGAAGAAGGGCGAAAUAUUUUUUGGCAACUCAGGUGGUUGCAAUUCUACUCUUUCUAUCUGUGAUGGGUGGACAUGAUUUUUCUGAUGUGGAGGUUGAUGAUGAUUACGAAGGCUAUGGUUAUGACUGAAAGGCAUCAGAUUAUAUGAUGGGUUAAGCUUUCUCAUUCUCCUCUCCGCAAUGACCUGGUCAGAAGCAUCAUCAUCAAGAGGAUACGUUAUUUUUUUUCCUACAUUAUUGUUACUUCAUUUAGACAUUUUUCCAAUAAUUAUACAAGCCAGAUGAUAUUAUUACUUGCAAUAGAUCAAUGUUCCAGAAGGGAAAUUUUGUUCUGUAGACUGUAAUAUCUAAUUGUUUGACCUGAUAUAGCUGCACUCUGAUUUUGUUA